GUGUUGGCGGCCGUGACCGUAUCCGUGGCCGUCAUGGCGUGGCACUCAGAAGCGGCGCGCCAGCUCAGGAGGUGCCGGGAACAGGUGGCCAACGAGACUGGGGCUCUGGGGGACAAGGUGGCCGAGCUGGAACGGGAACGGGCCGGGCGCGAGAAGCAGAUGGAGAAGCUGGCCCAGCGAGAGAAGGAUCUGCAGAAGCAGCUUGGCCAAGCCAAGGAGAGCAGGAAGAGGCUCAACGCCACCUUGAUGGGCUGCUUGGAGAACGUGACCCUUUUGGAUGCCAACCUGACAGCGGUCCGCGGCGAAAUGUUCACCCUCCAGGUGGAAGGGGUGGAGAUGGACGGUCGAAACAGCGCCUUGCUGGCGGAGAUGUCCCGGUGGCAGCAGCAGGCGUCCGGCUUGGAAGAGCGGCUGGAGGCAGCGGUAGGAGAAAGAGCCGCGGCCGAGGCGGAGAGGGAGCGCUGCGAGGCGCGGCAGGUGGCGCUGCAGGAAAGCGUGCACGGCUACCUGUCCGAAAUCGCCUCCCUCCACCGUCGCCUUCAGGGCCGCCCGUCCUCCGCCGGCCGCAGGUGCCCCCCGUUCUGGAAGGGCUGAUAUUUCUCCUCUAGAACAACCUUCGACAUGAUGAAAACGGACGGGAGGUUUUGCGGACCCCUUCCUCCUCUUCCGCAACCCAUUCAAAGUCACGGAUCAAUACCAAAUUCAGAUGCAGCUUGGGGAAAUUGUGUGGGGGUUUUUUUUCUUUGGGGGUGGCAGUGGGGGAGAGACAGAUUAUUAAACCAGAUUGGAAUCAUCGAAUUGUAGAGCUGGAAGGGGCCACGAGCAUCAUCUAGCAAUGCAGGAAUAUUAUGGGAUGAUACAGAUCUGUCGGAUCACAAUUUAAUGUCCAAAUAAAACGCUGUUCUCUG